AUGACCAUGGGCGCCCCGGGAAAGAAUGGCGUCCGCACCGCCGAUCUGGGCGAGUGCCAGGCCAUCCUUGACACCUACUUCAAGUAUGGCCACCGGGAGCUCGAUACCGCCCGCAUGUACGCCGAAGGCACCACCGAGCAAGUGAGCACAUGGUACCUCUCCAAGCUAGACCUCAAGGGCUCCACGAUCGACACCAAGGUUUACCCCGUCAACCCAGGGGACCACAGCCCUUCGGCACUCCGGGCCACAUUCACCACAUCCCUGAAGGCUCUGAACAAGAGCAAGGUCCGCGUGCUCUACCUCCACGCCCCCGACCGCAGCACCCCCUUCGAGGACACCUGCCGGGAAGUCAACAAGCUGCACCAGGAGGGCCUCUUCGAGAUCUUCGGCCUCAGCAAUUACGCUUCGUGGGAGGUCGCCGAGAUUGUGGGAAUAUGCAGGGCCAACGGAUGGGUGCAGCCCAAGAUAUACCAGGCGAUGUAUAACGCCAUCACGCGGGCCAUGGAGUCGGAGCUGGUCCCCUGCUGCCGGAAGUAUGGCAUCCGGAUUGUGAUCUACAACCCCCUUGCGGGCGGUUUCUUCGCAGGCAAGGUCCCGAACCCAUCUGCCGACGCGCCCAAAGGCGGGCGCUUCGACCCGAACUCCAAGAUGGGCGAGAUGUACCGCAAGCGGUACUUCAAAGAGGGCUACUUCAAGGCCCUGGACAUCCUCAAGCCCGUCGCCGAAAAGCAUGACCUCCGCCUGACGGAGAUCGCGCUGCGGUGGUGCCAGCACCACUCGGCGCUGACGCCGGAGGACGGGAUUAUCCUCGGCGCGAGCAGCGCUGAGCAGCUGGACAUGAACUGUGCGGACUCGGAGAAGGGCCCGCUGCCGGAGGAGGUGCUGAAUGCGCUCGAUGAGGCGUGGAACGUGGUCACUCCGCAGGCGCCGACUUACUGGAGGUAA